GCCCUCAACAUGGCGGCAGGCGUGGCCGUGCCGGAGGUCAAGACGGCCGGGCCUUCGAUCGGAGUUCUGGACAAGAAGGAGGUUUCGUUUGAGACGUCCAUCAGACCCGAGGACAAGGCGCUUACGCUGUGAAAUGGUAGUUACCCCGGAGGAGCACACCGCAGUCUUCCCCUGCCCCCUGCUCUGACCCACACGCUCCUUGUUCUGUUUGUCACGAUGUCCGCUCGUGCUGCAUGGGGUGUGUGUUCGCUUGGUACUGUAUUGGCAGUACAAGGUCUUGCUGUUCAACGACAACGGCAACACCCGCGAGUACGUUUCGAGGUCCCUUGUGCAGGUGGUCGGUUUGAGUGAGGCCACCGCCUUCCACAUCAUGCAACAGGUGGGUGGGGGUGCUACACAACACCUGCUGCCCUUGUUGGUGGCACAUGAAAGGUGCCAUUGCUCCGCUGUAUGCUACCGGUGUCGACAGGUCAAUCACAUAGUGUGCCGUAGUCUGUGCUCUUUUGUUAGGACAGCCCGAAGCUUGGGAAUCUGGUGCCCGCCUUGCUUUCUCUUUCUCGUCAGAAACGAACAGGAUUGCUACACACCCUUGGUAAG